CCUUUUUUUUUUWUUUWUUUUUUUUUUUUUUUAAGAAUUAAGCAGACUUAAUUCCUCUGACCCAGGGCUGUACUCAAAUAGUCUUAAUCAGUGGUGGGUGUUAUGUCACGACUUUUUCCCCCCUCGGUGUAAACAUGUGACUGAGCUGGGAGCUUACACAUGGCUGCAGUGCGUUCAUGAUCCGCUUUAGUUUGUUUUGUGUUUUUGUUUUGUUUUUUGUUUUUUGUUUUUUUAAGUCCGCCCGGUGAUCGGUAGCCCCCUCCGCAGCGACCACCCGGAGCAGAGGAUCGCCGGAAAACRCAGCUCCCUAACCCGGACAGAUCAUGGCGAGCAGCGGGCAGAAAGUUGUGCUGAUCACCGGCUGCUCCUCGGGCAUCGGUUUACGAAUUGCAGUCACGUUGGCCAGAGACGAAAAGCAGCGUUAUCAUGUCAUUGCCACCAUGCGGGACCUGAAGAAGAAGGACAAGCUCGAGGAGGCGGCUGGAGAUGCAUACGGGAAGACGAUGACGUUGCUGCCAUUAGACGUGUGCAGCGACGAGUCCGUCAAGCAGUGCAUUAACAGCAUUAAGGACCGCCAUGUUGAUAUCCUGAUCAACAAUGCAGGUGUGGGUUUGCUGGGACCAGUGGAAAGCAUCAGCAUUGAAGAAAUGAAACGGGUUUUUGACACCAACUUCUUUGGCGUGGUUCGAAUGAUCAAAGAAGUGAUGCCAGACAUGAAGAAGAGGCGUUCAGGGCACAUCGUGGUCAUGAGCAGUGUCAUGGGUCUCCAAGGAGUGGUGUUUAAUGAUGUUUACACAGCCUCUAAGUUUGCAAUGGAAGGGUUCUGUGAGAGCAUGGCUGUGCAGCUGAUGAAGUUCAAUGUCCGGUUGUCCAUGAUUGAACCCGGCCCUGUGCACACCGAGUUCGAGAUGAAGAUGAUGGAGGAUGUGUCCAAGAUGGAUUUUCCAGGGGUCGAUGCAGACACAGUUCGAUAUUUUAAAGAUGUUUACCUGCCGUCAUCCACAGAUAUAUUUGAAGCCAUGGGUCAGACACCAGAGGACAUAGCUAAAUGCACUAAGAUGGUAAUUGAAUCAGACAGCCCUCGCUUUAGGAACCUGACCAACAGCCUCUACACACCGAUUGUGGCCUUAAAAUAUGCGGAUGAGACWGGUGGCCUGUCUGUGAACACCUUUUACAACCUGCUGUUCAAUUUCGGCCCUCUCAUGCACAUCACCAUGAGCAUCCUCAAGUGCCUGACGUGUAGCUGCCUGCGCAGACGCACCAUCUCUCCUAACUGAACACAGUGUUGAAUCCUUCAUUUCCUCAUUGUCUUCCUUUGAGGCUCUGGUCUGAGCAGGUAGCCCAGAAUCAGUAGCUUGGAAAGAAGAGGGCUCCUUUUUUUUUUUUUUUUUUUUUGUUCAAAGACAACCAUGAUAAGCUUUGCCAGACAGCAUGCACAAUUGCACAUUUUCCACAGAGAUAAUAAAUGCAGGGUGCUCUAAUGUACUGACAAAGAAGCAUAGACCAGAACGCAGCAAUAUAAAAACAUUACAUUGAAUUAUUGCAUUGAUAUUUAAUGAAAAGAAUGCCACAGUUGGGUUAUUUUUUUCAUUAUCUAAAACCUAAUGUUCUGUCAGUGCACAGACAGGACAUGAGUCAGAAAUCUCAUGGACGGAUAUUAAAGCACAAAAAAACUGAGCUCAGUUAUCAUGUGAAACAAAGAAAUUAUUGAAAAUAUAGGAAUAAGAAAAAUAUGACUUCUAGCCUAAAUAACUACACUCAGGCUUAUCAAAGUUGACAUAUAUUAUAGAGUCAGAAUAUAUUAAACUGUAUUAUAUUGUACUGUAUUGUGUCCCUAAUUUUACGUUUGUGUUGACGUAGUGUUCUCAUGGUCAUAACUGCUGUUCAAUCAGGUUUUUAAUCUUUUCAUAUGUUGGAUAUGUUUUGAUUUUUAAAAAUUCAAGACGAUGUGCGGUCAGACAUUUUUAAUUUGGGAUUUUGAUUUAAAAAUAAACAAUGUUCUGACUAACCACUGACAGUUUUUUUUAUAAUAUUAAAUCAAGUCACAAUUCUGACUUACUCUAAAAUGUUUUUUAUAAAGGUUAUCUAAAGGUUUUUUGAACUGUGUGUGAAGCACCUUUGAUGCCAAGAGGGGGCAGUAUUUUACUGGGUUCUCUCAUGACUCGGCCCAUUGAUUUUAAAGACAAACUGUUUUCAGUGCAGACAUUUUGGCACAUUCCAGCACUGGAGGGGAAACAACCAAUUUAUCUGAUUCCACGUUUCAGGGUGUGGUACUCAGAGUCGCUGCUGGGACACCCAGUCACACUAAAACCUACUGUAAAUAAAAUUUAUUUCACUUGUGUAAAAAGUU